GCUGCGACUAACACUUGAAUGUUCACAAGUAUGUUCUCGACUUGCCACACUGACAAACCUUUGAGCCCAAUUCGCGUCAACCCUGAUAAUGCAUGAGGCCAGGACAGAUUCCGGCACUGACAAAGGUAAUUCCAGUAAAGCUCCAUCACCAACCCUUGAACAUGGAUGCCCAAGCAUCAUCAGAUCCUCAACUGCCCUCCACUACCGUUUCGACGAAACGAGGAUCAAACGGCCGCUCAUCCCCCAUACCCAUGCUCCUCCCUCACCGGCAUCGCCGCCUCACCACCAUCGCGAAUCUUCUUACUCAGGCUUUCCCUGCCCAACUCUGACUGCUCCCACCUCACCGGCAGUUCCAACCACCACCUUCCCCAUAUGGUCCCGGAUCCUCGUUCUCAAGACGUGCAAUGCCCCAUACAUUCCCAGUGCAAUGGUAGCGACUGGAAAGGAUGACCCGUAUUACGGCGGUAACGUCGGCGGAGCGUGCGUGCGUGCGUGCAUUGGCGAGAGCAAUCGUACAACCAGUUUGUCCAGAUCCAAUCCGAACGGGGUCCUCACGGUACUUGUUUUGGUCGAGGCGGUCAGGUCGGCUUUAUUUCUCGCCCAUGGCAGUUGGCUUCCGCGACUCUCCAUAAACAGUGUUUCUGCCGGCACAUCUGCUCUGCCCCCUUCCGCGAGAACUGACUGGCUGGGGAACUCGCGGAUGGAAAGUCGAUCAUCGAGGCUGUGAACGUUGCGAUGGUCGAACAGCAUCAAAGCUCCGACG